AUGUCAAACAGAGCCACACAUUGGUGUUAUGCGUGCCGUCGGCCAAUUCGUCUUCGUGGACAAGAUAUAAUCUGUCCCAACUGCAAUGAUGGCUUCAUACAAGAGAUCAGUGAGACACGAGGCGCUUUGAACAACUACGGUAUGUUUGGGCCACGCUUCGAUGAUCGCCUAGAUGGACGAUUUGGAAUGAUGGAUGCUAUGUCUGCCCUCAUGCGUCGCCGGAUGGCAGAAAUGGGCAGCAAUCCUGUGUUUGAUCCUAAUGCAGCUUGGGCAAGUACUACACAAGGAAGGCCAUCCCCUAUUGGCCCUAGGCUGAUAUUCGGCAGCAACAUGCCUGCUCAGGGGAGCGACGACAGCGGAGUAAACGUGCUUGUCAGGGGAGGCCGCAGAAUCGGCGCUGACCGUCCAAACUUCAGUGGCUUCCUUGUCGGCGGCCCCAGCCUGGAAGCUCUGUUCGAGCAGUUGCUACUGCAGACCGGCAACCGUCAAGGACCAGCGCCGGCUCCACAGUCCGUGAUCGACUCCAUGCCGGUGGUGAGGAUAACCCGCAGGCAUCUGAGCGAUGAUCCAGUCUGCCCAGUCUGCACGGAAAGAUUUGAAAUUGGCUCGGAGGCGAGGGAGAUGCCGUGCAAGCACCUGUACCAUGCCAGCUGCAUCAUCCCCUGGUUGGUUCAGCACAACUCCUGCCCAGUUUGCCGCCACCCGCUGCCGCCGCAGCGAGGAUCGGACAACAAUGCAGCCCGUCCACAACCUUCGGCCCAAGCCGGCGAAGCCGUGAGCCGUGGGGUUGACGGUGCCGGAGCGGACCCUGGGCCUGUCAUGAGGAACGGCGCCGACGAAGGAGGGAGCCCUUUCUCGUUCCUCUGGCCGUUCGGGUCGUCGAGCUCCGGUCCCAGUUCUUACCAGUACGGAGGAGGCGGGGGUGAGCCUGCGCCUGCGCUGUGUUCUUUUGUUAAGCUUACGUAUGACGCACAAGCCAAGUUUAACCAGCUAGCCGACCAGAUUGACCAGGAUGUCGGGAUUACACGGCUCAACCUGUUCUCACCUUGCAAAAUUAAUGUCUUCUUGAGGAUAACCGGGAAGAGACCAGACGGGUUCCAUGACCUGGCUUCUCUGUUUCACGUGGUUAGUUUGGGUGAUACUAUCAAAUUCUCACUGUCGCCAAGUAAGAGCAAAGAUCGGCUAUCAACCAAUGUUGCAGGUGUCCCAGUUGAUGAUAGUAACCUGAUCAUCAGGGCACUUGACCUUUACCGCAAGAAAACUGGCACCGAUAAGCACUUUUGGAUACAUCUUGAUAAGAAGGUCCCAACUGGUGCUGGUCUUGGUGGAGGAAGCAGUAAUGCUGCAACUGCACUAUGGGCUGCUAACCAGUUUAGUGGUGGCAUUGCUUCAGAAAAAGAUCUUCAAGAAUGGUCUGGUGAGAUUGGAUCAGAUAUCCCCUUCUUCUUUUCACGAGGAGCAGCAUAUUGUACCGGUAGAGGAGAGAUUGUCCAAGAUAUUCCGAACCUGUUGCCAGAGAAUCUGCGAAUGGUUCUAAUAAAGCCACCUGAAGCAUGCGCAACCGCUGAGGUUUACAAGCGACUCCGGUUAGACCAGACUAGUAAAGCUGAUCCUCUGGCUUUGCUCAAGGAGAUUACGCAAAACGGAAUAUCACAAGAUGUCUGUGUAAAUGAUCUAGAGCCUCCAGCUUUUGAGGUGUUGCGUUCACUAAAGAAGUUGAAGAAACGAUUUAUUGCAUCCAACCGGGGAGAUUACAGCGCUGUUUUUAUGUCAGGAAGUGGAAGCACUAUAGUUGGAAUUGGUUCCCCAGAUCCACCUGCGUUUGUGUAUGACGAUGACGACUACAAGGAUGUUUUUGUGUCAGAGGCUCGCUUUCUCACUCGCGACGAGAAUGAGUGGUACAGGGAACCAAUGUCGUCGAAUGCCAGGUUUAGCAAAGAAGAUUCACUGUCAGAGGCAGCACCAGUCGUGGACUGA